AUGUAAGAAUUAAUGACAAAUUAAAUUCCCUCUUUUUUAGUAAAAUCUUAAAUAUAAAUUCAAUAUCAAAAAGUAUUAUUAGAAUUAAUUGGUUAUUAUUUUUCUCUCUAAUUAAUUUAUACACAAUUUUUUCAUAAUCUGCGCGCAAAAUUUUGUAUAAUAUCUUGUUAAAAUAUUCAAAUAGUUUAUAAUAAGCUAAAGUAGAAAUAAAAUUAUAAAAUGAUCAACGGAGUUGAUUCUAUCCAAUCAUUCAUACACUAAGAGCUGAACCUAAGGGUUGAGGCGCAAGCCAUAUAAUAAUUCUAUAACCAAAUCAUACAACCUCUUGAUCGUUAGUAGUAAUUUAAUAGCUCUAUGCCUCCUAAAUUAAUAGAAUAUCUAGAAUACAUUAUUCAGGAACCUUUCGAAAAAUAUAUAAUUAAGCAAAAGUGCAAUUAGCUAUUGGCAAGAAUAAAAAGCUAAACAAAAACAUUUCUUGAAAAAGACACUCUUUUUGAAAUUGUGAUUGCUUAAAAUGUCAGUGAAAGAAAUGAUACAUGUGCUUCAAAUACUAUUAACGGAUGCUUAAAAAUAAUAAUUACAGAUGGUGUAUUCGCGUUCACUGCAAUUGAAGUAUCAAAAAUUCCUUAAAUCCCAACAGAUUUAAAGUAAAUUAGAAAUAAAAAAAUAUUGAUUAGACAGAACACAAAGAUAUAAUUUAAUAUGCUAUUCAUAAAUCCUAAUAAUGCUUACAUCAUAUAAAACGCAUAAAACUUGAUUAAAAUAAAAGAAAAACCAGCAUUAAAAUAAGAAGACAUGUACUUAAAUACAACCAGUGGAGUUUUACCUUUAAGGAUAACUUAAGACAGCUAAUUCUUCUCUAAUUCAAUUAAUUAAAAUGCAAGUGUCAAUACAAAUAUUUUAAAAAUGAUUGACUAAGACACAGAUGAAGAUGAAGACGAUGAGGAAUUAGAACUUUAAUGA